GAGUCUGUAGUAUCCAAAUUCCAAGGCGUGAUUUCAUAAACUUUCAUUUCAACAUAUACGCAUUCAUUUAAUAUAUUAUGUCAUCUACUGGUGGUAUUAAGAAAUUAUAUCUUUGAUAACCAUUUGAUCUGGAAAUAGUGGUUUAUUAACUAUAUCUGGUUGACAAAGGUGAUUUUGCUUGCUCUUUCCUGUUCUGCUAUGUCCGCAGAAGCAAACCAAAUGACUUUCUCUAUAUCCAAAACGUGGGAUAGCAGACCUUCUGACCAUGACCCCAUUGUUAUCAAAUUAUAUCCUGAGGGAGAAUUUCUUGUUAUGGAAAUGGAUGCACCUUUCUUCAACGAUCCACCGGCUCCAGAUGGUGAAGCAGGAAAACCAUUCCCAAAACUUUGGGAUUACGAAGUCGUUGAAGCAUUUUUCCUGGGAGCUGAUGAGAGAUAUUUAGAAGUAGAAUUCUCUCCUCAUGGACAGCAUUUACUUCUUUUGCUAUCUGGAAGAAAAAAUGCCAUAAAGAUGUGCCUGCCCGUGGAUUAUACAUCUACAAUAAACGGCAAAACUUGGCAUGGAGUAGCAAAAAUUCCAAAAAGCUAUUUUCCACCUCGAGUGAAUCUUUUUAAUGCAUACGCAAUCCACGGAUCUGGGGAGAAUAGACAAUAUGAGGCACUUUUUCCUGUUCCAUUAGGUCACUUUCCACAUGCAGAUUUUCAUAGGUUAGAAUACUUCAGGUACAUUGAAUUCGAGAAGCUUCUUCCUAAUAUUAAUUCUCUUUCUGAUGUAUGGACAAAAGCUCUGGAAAAUGCAGGAGGCGAACUUACAUGUACUGAAAACUGAAAGAAUGGUGGGGAUAUCUAUUGAUCUCCAGGUUCAGAUGAUUCCAAGUGCCGGACACCUCAAGUUUCCAAAAGAAUCUGUAGAGUUUCAUAUUUCUCAUCCUGGAUCUCUCAAAGAUGAUUAUACAUUUAUUUAAAUAUAAAAAUAAACAAAUUGCAUUUAAUAAAAUUUUAAAUCUAUUUGAA